GCGGCUGCGCACGCGCGGCUUCCGGCGAGGGCGGUCCGGCGGCGUGGUGAGGGUGGCGUGGCGAGGGGGUCGCGUGUGUGUCUCCCAGGAGAGUCCCAGGACCCGCGACCAUGGCCUCUCUGCUCGCCAAGGACGCCUACCUGCAGGCCCUGGCCAGGAAAAUCUGCUCCCAGCCCAGCCCGGAGCCGCAGAAACGCAAGUCCGCCAACAAAACUCGAGGCUCAGAAGCUUCUGGGCCCCCAAAAAAGAAGAGGAAGAAAGCGCAGAAGAAAUCCUGGGAGAGGGAGGAGAAGGCUGUGGAGCCAAAAGCCCAACCCCUAGGGGAGAAGUCUCCAGCAGCUUCCAAGGCCAGAAACCCAGCAGCAGCCACGGAGGAAGAGGCCUUCACCUCCACAGGAUCUCCUGCAGACGUCGAGGUCACGGAGUCCGAGUCUUUGUUUGCCCUGGAUGUUCUGCGGCAGCGGCUACGUGAGAAAAUACAGGAGGCCCGGGGCCAGGGCAGCCCCUCGGAGCCGUCUCCCGCGGCUCUGGAGAAAAGACGCCGGAGGAAGCAGGAGCGGGACCGCAGGAGGAGGAAGCGGAAGGAACUGAGGGCGAAGGAGAAGGUGGCAAAGGCCACGGAGGCUGUCGAGCCGCCCCGCGAGCCGCCCCGCGAGCCGCCCCGCGAGCCGCCCCGGCAGGGGGCACAGCUGGGGCUGCUCUUCAAUAAGGUGGAGGUGAGCGCGGGGGAGCCGGCCGGCAGGGCCCAGCGCCGGAAGGAGAAGAGGCGGAAGCUGAAGGGGAAGCCGACGCCGCUGACGGGGAAGAACUACCGGCAGCUGCUGGGGCGCCUGCAGGCACGGCAGGCUCGGCUGGCCGAGCUGCGGGACCAGGACGAGGGCAAGGCGCGGGAGCUGGAGGCCAAGAUGCAGUGGGCCGACCUGCUGUACAGGGCCGAGGGCGUGCGCGUCCGGGGCGACGAGCGCCUGCUGCGGGAGGCCCUGAAGCGCAAGGAGAAGCGGCGGGCGCAGCGGAAGCGCAGGUGGGAGAAGCGCACGGCCCGCGCGGCCGAGACCGCGCGGCGGCGGCAGGACAGGCGGCGACGGAACCUGCGCGAGAAGAAGGCGGCCCGGGCCGAGCGGCGCCUGGACCGGGCUCGCAGGAAGGGCCGCGUCCUGCCCCGGGACCUGGAGCGGGCUGGCCUGGCGUGAGGACCCAGGCCGCGUCCCUGACCGGGGGCUCGGCCGGCGCCGUCUGGGCCCCUGGGCACGCGGGCUCCGUGCGCUCAGCUCGCGUGUGGAAGGGACGGCGUCCGGAACGGAGGUCCGCGUCUUUUGGACCCCGGCAAGGACUGACCGGGUCCGGCUUCCCGCCUUCUCUCGGGAGGCCAGACAGCUCCCUGGAAGGGUGCGGGGUGGGGGUGCAGGGGGGCACCUCCCUGGCCCCUUCUCGUCCCAGCUUCCACGAGCAGGGCGGGAAUGGCCCU